GUGUAAAAUGGUUAAUUUGUUCUUGAUUUUUCUCCCAACAGAAAGAGCUGGAGGACAAGUAACAAAUGGGUAUACAGUACAGUACUGUAUAGUACAAGCAACACACUCUACAGUAUAUUGCUGGCAAUAAUUAAGUAUAAUGUACAUAAACUAAGUUUUGUUAAUCACAAAAAUAUAUGAAAAAACAGUCCCUGUGUAAAUAUGUUAUAAACCCAUACUGAGAGAUUAACACAAGAUAUUUGUCUUAUUACCAAUCAAGAACAUCAGAGACUCACAUGUGAAAGAAGUGAAGACAGGAACUGCAGUACAGUACUGAAUAGAGAGAUGAGGAAGUUUUACACUUUAUAUAUAUUUCUUUUUACUAUGUGCUUGCUGAAAUUGGAUAUUGUACUGUAAUUUUUCUUUUUCGUAUAUUACAGUAAUUAUAUGUAGUAUACACGAUCCUGUAUUUACAUACACAGUGCCCUAUAGGAUCUAUUCCUUAACCAAAUAACACAAGUUUUAGUACGGUUUACAUCAUAGUCCAUACUUGCUUCAAUUUCUAUUUCCUCAAAUUCUCAUCGUACAUUCAUUCAGGACUCAAAAAAUAUCAGUAAUACCACAAUACAUUUCUCUCUCCUUAUCCAUCAUUGUUAUGUUUUUAUAGUUACAAUUUCAUACUAAGGGUCUUCAAACUAUCCACUUUAAUAAUACAGUAAUACACAAUAGUAACAUAGCUAAAAAAUAUAAUGAGGACUUGUUUCAUUACUCUGCUGCCAGUAAGUAUAGUAAAUCACUAAGAAAGUCAACUAUAUUGUUUGUUGGCAUAUAAGCUUAUACAGUACAGUAUACAAAAGUGUCGAGUUCAUAAACGAAUUAUUUAUAUUAUUUUAUGGAGUCUUUUAAAGAUUUUUCACCUAAAUUUGAUCUUGUAAAAUAAACUAUACACAAGGUAGAUUUUUAUGUAAUACAGAUUUUAAAAAAAAAAUCAUUGGUCCAUGACAGUUUAUACAUAUGUAUAUCAAAGAAAAUCAUUCUACUGUUCAAUGCUGUAACAACUGUUUAAAAAGUGUUAUAUGCUAAAACAUACUCUACAAGAAUCUGCAUUGUUGAAAAACCCAAAACCCAAUUCAUGUUCCAAAAAUCUUAUAAAAAUCUCCAGCAGCACAAUGAGGGCUGAAGCUGGAGAAAAACCUUAUCAGUGUUCAAAUUGUUCAAAGAACUUUGCACGCAAGUCUCAUUUAGCAAGACAUAUGUCAGUACAUACAGGAGAGAAACCGCAUCAGUGUUCACUUUGUCUCAAAGAUUUUGCACAAAAUUCUGAUUUAAUGUCACAUAUGCGAGUUCAUACAGGUGAGAAACCAUACAAGUGUUCUAAGUGUCUGAAAGAAUUUUCACAAAAAUCUGCUUUAGUUGUACAUAUGAGAGCUCAUGCAGGAGAGCGACCAUAUCAGUGUUCGGAAUGUUUUAAACACUUUCUACAAAAAUCUAAUCUGGUUAGACAUAUGAGAGUUCAUACAGGAGAGAAACCAUAUCAGUGUCCUGAGUGUCUUAAAGACUUUUCUGAUCAAUCUGAUGUAGUGAAGCAUAUGAGAGUUCACAUAAGAGAGAGGCCCUUCCAGUGUUUUGAGUGUCUUAAAGGAUUCUCAAGAAAAUCUAGUCUAGUAACACACAUGAAAGCUCAUGAAGGGAAAUCAUAUCAGUGUUCGGAGUGUCCUAAAAUCUUUAACGAAAAAUCUGAUCUAGCAGCACAUAUGAGAGUUCAUAAAGGGCAGAAACCAUACCAGUGUUCAGAAUGUCUUCAGGAAUUUUCUCGUAAAUAUAAUCUAGUCACACACAAGAGAGUUCAUACAAAAGAGAGACCAUAUCAGUGUUCCGAGUGUCUUAAACACUUUUCACGGAAGUCUGUUCUAGUAAUACACAUGAGAACUCAUACCGGAGAGAAGCCAUAUCAAUGUCCCGAGUGUCUUAAAGAUUUUUCCCAAAAAUCUGAUCUCGCAAGACAUGUGAGGGUUCACACAGGGGAGAAACCACACCAGUGUCCAUUGUGUCUUAAAGACUUUUUACGAAAAUCCUACUUAGAUAAGCAUAUGAGAAUUCAUACUAAAAAGUGAGACCCAUACAGUAUAAAGUUAAAGGUUGUCCUCAAUACUUCAGAUAUAAAGUUCCACAUUUUAGCUGAGGGGAAGAAACUUGACUUGUGAGAUACCUGAACUACACUACCCCAUUUGUUCAUUCCUUGGUUAAUAAGCUCUGAUAAAGUGCACCAACAGGUUACACCCUUUUUUCAAACAGAGUUGAUUUGUUCUUUUAAAUUUUCUUCACCAGUAAGACUUACUGUUGCAUCAUUGUUUUUAACUCCAAGUUGAAUGGUUGCUUUGAGCUACCAAGACGUCUGAUUCUCUGGGUUACAAUUCUAAGAUAAGUUUGCUUAAUUUAAUUAAAUACAGUUGUACCCCACUUAACGCGGUCAAUUGAACCCAGAGGGUCCUGUGUUAAGUGAAAUCCGCAUUAAGUGAACAACAGAACAUAUGGGAUUAAUUCC